GCUGGCCGUGGCGGCGGAGGAUUGCCACUAUUGUCAUCGACGUUGUUGUCAUCCUCAACAGGAUCGUCUGGACCAUUUAGAUCAUUUAGACCGUCUUGAUCAGCUGGAUCGUCUUGAUCAUCCGGACCAUCUUCUUCUUCUUGGCCUUCCUGAUCUUCAUCAACUUCUCCUGGCCGUUCCACUGACUCCUGACGGUUGGCCAUGGAUCUGGUUGUUCUUCCUCCCGAGGCGGGGGCAGCAGGUCUCGUCUGCGUCCUGGGAGUUCCUGCAGAUGGAACUACGCCAGUACGUGCAAUGUUGGAAGCGAAGGCGGCAAAAUUGCGCGGAUCCUGCCAAUCGGGAGCAUCGGGACUUUCAUCAUCGCCUGCUCCAGAUGACCCUCCUGCUGGCGGUGCACCAUCAUCAUCCAGCCCUUGACCAUCCUCUUGCUCAUCUGGUCCGUCGAGAUCAUCACCGCCAUCUUCUUCUUCUUCUUGCUCUACGACUGGACUCUGACGCCUGGUAUUGGAUCUCGUGACUCUCCCUGCCGGACGCGCAGCUUCCCUUGUCUCGCCGUCUGGCGAGCCCGAAGAUGGACCCGCCGCCUGAGCAAUGACGCCGUAAAGUCUGGCACCAGGUCCACCUACAUCGGACUGACGCGGUUCUUGGGGCUCCUGAGCGUCGUCGCCGUCCUCCGGAUCUCUCUCGGCGU